AUGUCUAAAGAAGAUGGUGAAGUUGACACAAAUUCACCCUUAAAAAUUGUCAAUUCAAAAACUAAUGCCUUAACUAAAUUGAUGAAUGAUAUCAAAAAAUUGUUAAAAUCUGAUAAAAAAAUAGAUUUAAAUGAAGGACAAAAAUUAUUAAAUGAAACAUCUGCAGCGUUGAAAGCAGAUCAAAAGGCUUCUAAUGAUUCAAUGGAAAACAUGAAGGAAAAAAUAAAAAGGGUGGAAAAAGAAUUGGAGGAUGCCAUUGCAAAGGCUGAAAAAUCAAAUUCAAAUGAGGAUUGGGCUAAUGUUGAUAGAAUUUCUGUUAAAGCUAGUCUAACUGGAGUAGAAGCAGCAAAGCUUGGAAGACAAAUUGCUGAAAAUACUGAAAAAGGAAUGGAGGCAAUUAAAGAAAUGAAGGAAUUGGAAAAUUUAAUGAAUAAACAAGUGGAUGGUAAAAAAAUUUCUCUUUAUUUUGAAGGUAGAAUGUAA